AUAAAAUUUUCAGUCCUACAUAGAUAAUCCAAUAAUUCAUUUGCAAUAAAAGUUGUAGAAACAUAUAAUGUCUCAUCAAAGGAAUAUCUUCCCAUUCAUCAUUACAUGUUUUCUGUUUUCCUGUUCAUGUUACAAUUGCAGCCUUCAUGAAGAUAAUUUAUCUAAUAAUAAUUAUUUUCAAGAAGAAUCAGAUUAUGAAUUUGAAGCUUAUCCUUCAUAUAUUAGCACCAUUGAAGGCCUCAAUUUCAGAAACACAACCAAGAUCAAGACCAAAUUUUCUGAUUAUUCGACUAAGAUUCGACGACGUGCAGCUUCUGUUAAGAUGAUGGAUGUAGCAAACUUCAGAGCUAAAGGCGAUGGAAGUACUGAUGAUACUAAGGCAUUUCAGGAUGCAUGGAAUGAAGCCUGUUCGUCCACAGCGGCUGUUACUUUAAUAAUACCUCAGGGAAAUAACUAUCUUCUGAAACCUAUUAGAUUCUCAGGCCCUUGUAGAUCUGACAUAACAGUUCAGAUUGUAGGAACCCUAGUGGCAUCUAAUAAUCCUUCUGACUACAGUAAAGAUGGAAGGCACUGGCUUGUUUUUGACAGUGUCAAAGAUUUAAUGCUUGAAGGUGGUGGAAUUAUUCAUGGCAAUGGAAGUGUAUGGUGGAAAAAUUCCUGCAAAAUAGAUGAAUCUAAAGAAUGCAAGGAUGCACCCACGGCCUUAACAUUGUAUAAGUGCAAAAACUUGGUAGUGAAGGACCUAAAGAUUCAAAAUGCACAACAAAUUCAUGUGUCCUUCCAUAAGUGCAAAAAUGUUCAAGCUUCAAAUCUCACGAUAUCUGCUCCCGAGGGAAGCCCCAACACCGAUGGCAUUCAUGUCACAAAAACCCAAAACAUUGAAAUUUCGAGUUGUACAAUAGGGACAGGUGACGACUGCAUUUCAAUCGUCAAUGGAUCGCAGAAUGUCCAGGUGACAGAUAUCACUUGUGGACCGGGUCAUGGCAUCAGUAUUGGAAGCUUGGGAUAUCGCAAUUCAGAAGCUUACGUCUCAGAUAUAGUCGUGAAUGGAGCUAAGCUUUCAGGAACGAAAAAUGGUGUCCGGAUCAAGACAUGGCCGGGUGGAUCUGGAAGUGCAAGCAACAUCAAAUUUCAGAAUGUGGAGAUGCAAAAUGUGAAGAAUCCCAUAAUCAUAGACCAAAACUAUUGUGAUCAAGCUAAAUCAUGUAAAGAACAGAGUUCGGCGGUACAAGUAAAAAAUGUAGUAUAUCAGAAUAUAAAGGGAACAAGUGCUUCAAAUGUAGCUAUAUAUUUGGACUGCAGUAAGAGCUAUCCAUGUCAAGGGAUUGUUUUUCAGAAUGUUGAUUUGGUACGUGAAGGAGGUGGAUCGCUCAAGGCUACAUGCAAUAAUAUUGAAUAUUUGUAUAAUCUGGGAAUCGUUUCACCAGUUUGUCCUCAGAUACAUUCACAUUUUGAAUCUUCAAUUCGAAAUGAAUUAAAUCUUUCUAUAUAGGAUAUUGAUAUCGUAGGAACAUGGACAAUGGUAAUCUAAAAGCAUACAUCAUGCACAUAAAAUCUAGACAGCAUCAUGCAUAGUGGAAUCAUUGACAUCGUGUUCGUAUAAGUUACAAAAAAAUUAAAUAAUUAGUUCCUUAUUCAUUUGAAGAUAAUAAGGGAGAUUGUCACGUCAAGGAUUAUUAUAUCCUUGCUCUAUC